AUGGAUUCUAUUAAUCCUGGUGAAUGGGAGCAAUACUACCUUCGCCUACUUUUAUUACAUGUUACUGGCACUACAUGUUUUGAAGAUCUCUACACAGUUAACAAUGUAAAACACCCAACAUUCCGAAAAGCUGCUCUUGAAAGAGGGUUAAAAGAGCCCGAUGAUGGUUUAUCACAAUGUCUUGUAGAGACAUGUUUCUUUCGAUUUCCCAAUGUUGUUAGAAGGCUGUUCGCAAUGAUAUUGAGUUUUUGUGCGCCAAGAGAUGUUCAUAGGUUAUGGGAUGAUCAUUAUAAUGCUCUUACAGAGGAUUAUAGGCGACAAUACAAAAGUGUUGAGAGAGUCUAG